AUGGCCCUGACACCUGCGCCACCAGGGGCUCUCGCGUGUCAGCGUGACUCAUCACUACGGUCGCUGCGCACUUCAGUCCAUGCUUGUCAUAAGCGUGUGGUCCCAGCCACGAAGAAGACCACGUCCCAGCACUUCUACGAGCUUGAGCUGCACGACACAGUGCUCUUCCCCGAAGGAGGAGGACAACCUUGGGAUACCGGCAAGAUCGAUGGCGUGAAGGUGGAUCAGGUGUACGUGAAGGACGGUCGCUGUUUGCACCGAGUUCCUGUGGACGAUGAAGACCAGGCACCGUUUGUGAAAGACCAGGAGGUGACAGUUACUGUCGACUGGCCUCGCCGCUUUGACCACAUGCAGCAGCACUCGGCCCAGCAUCUACUUAGUGCAAUUGCAGAGAAGUAUGGGUACGAUACCACGACGUGGUCGCUUGGCGAAGAACGAUGCAACGUAGAGCUCGUGUAUAGAGAUAUCGCGGAUACUGAUGGAGGAGCUGACACGGCAAAAGGUGUGAUACCUGAUGAGGUGCUACAGAGAAUCGAGAGUGACGUGAAUGAAGCGAUCGUAGCAGGCUUGGCCAUGACGCCUUCAUUUGCCAAACCUGGGACAAACGAGUGGGAAAAGAUUGCUGCAAAGUUCGAGUCGAAAGAGAUGCCCAAGGCUAUGCGCAUUGUGACUAUUGACGGCCUAGACGCAAACCCGUGCUGCGGCACACACGUCCAAAGUCUUGCCCAUCUGCGAUCGCUGCAUAUCCUUAGUACUGAGUUUGCACGCGGGGCUACUCGCGUCUGGUUCGUAGCUGGCGGCCGCGUCAACCUCGAGUUUUCUAGGAUGCUGAAAAAUGAGCAAGCGAUGACAAAGCUGUUGAGUAGUGCUCCCGAAGAUCACGCAUCUCGAACAAAGAAGUUGUUGCAGUUCCAUAAGCGAGCAACGAAAGAGCUGAAACAUCUACAGCAAGAGAUUGCAAUCUUCGUCGCAACUGAUCUGGUGUCGCGAUUGACUGAAGGCGUCGUCACUUUUCAUCGUGAUGAGGGUGAUCUCGCCUUCUUGCAUACAUUGUCGGGACUCUUGGAUGCUACGAAGCGUGAUGCGGUAUUCGUUCUCACGGCCGGCGAGCGGCGUGGGGAUGGCCUCUUUCUAAUCACUGGUCCUCCUGAGUUCAUUGCUGCUCAUGGACGGUCUGUGCUGCCACUCAUCGACGGAAAGGGUGGUGGUGGUAAGAACGGCAUCAUUCAAGGCAAAGCAAAGGAGCUGGCAAGUGUUGAUCUUCUGGUCGCAAAACUCCAAGAAUUACGCUUGCAUCACUAA